AUGACCAGUGAAUUAUUCAGUGACUGGUUGCGACACUUUGACAGAUCCAUGCGUCUGAAAGGUCGUACGGUCAUCCUUCUUUUAGAUAAUGCUGCCAGCCAUAAUCACAAGGAAGUUCGACUGACCAACGUCACCGUGCCCUCUCUUCGUCCCAACACCACUGCUCAUAUUCAACCAAUGGACGCUGGUAUCAUCCGGAACUUUAACGCCCUUUACAAGAAGUCGCUAGUGAAACACUUCAUCACAUGUGCUGAGAAUGGCCAACCCCAGAUGCUAACACUGAGGUUAGCAAUCCGGUUCGUCAAGUCUGCCUGGGAUGAAGUGAGUGCGAAAUGUAUCAACAACUGCUACAAACACGUUGACAUAAUUCCCACCACAGCUCAGACCGAGGACGAAAGCGACGAUGACAUCUCCCUUGCUGAGCUGCGGAAUUUUAUGCAGCAGUUACCAAGAAGUGAUGGGGACGAGGUCCCAACUGCUGAGCAGUACGUGGAUGAAGACACUGUCGUAGACACCGGCCAUGAGCUGACUGAUGAAGAAAUCAUCAACAGAGUACAGCCACCGACAGACGACCAGUCAGAUGACGAGGACCAACCAGCAGUUGUCCCGCCAACAGUAGCAGAAGCUCUUCAACACACCGACAGGUAG